ACGCGGCAGCAAUAAAAGGGAAAUCUUGCGAUGGCUACUUACCAGUAAGAUUCUUCUUCGUACUUUUUUUUCCACCUGUGGGGGGCAUUGCAGGGGCUGGAAAAAUUACCCUCCUGAGGGUUGAUAAGCGCACGCGUGGGCAGGGGAAAGGCCGUGUGAGAUUUCCCCUCGAGAGGAAAACGUGUUUAUGAAAGAGCACCAAGUAUUCGUGGUGAAUUCAGUGAAGGAAGUGAGCCUGAUACCGACACAGUGGACAAAAUUUUUGAGGCAAAUUUUUAAGUCGGAAGUCAUGGUUGGAACGCACCGCGUGUGUGGAUUGGGAAUUGAUGAGAGUACACACUGAAAGGGAAAACAAGACUGGAAGUGGUAGAAAAGCGCGCCAAAAAUCCCUUCGCAGAGAGAAAGCUCGACGGAACAUUUUGCUGGGUAAUUGUGGAUGAGAGGAAAAACAUAGAAACGGGAAUUUUCUCGUUGUGUUUACACAAGCCGGGGUUGUUGUUUGAAUUGGAAUAUAGAUAAAAAAGUAAACAGGAAGUGCCACAAGAGUUGGGUGCCCGCAAUGAAUUUGCCACUGUGCAUCCUCCUCCUGCUCCAUUGGUCACAGGUCCGUGGAAUUCCAGGAGCCGCCACUGCUGAGGCACGCGAUCACAAGGAUAAUGUGGAUGAAGCAUCAAAUAUGGAGGAGAAUUUCAUCGCCCUCGUCCCGGAUCAAUCCACGGUGGAUGUGGUGAAUGAUGAAAUGCGAAGUAAUGAGAUUUCCAUCAAUCCAAUCGCAACAUUAGUGUUCCAGUCUGAGUAUCCAGAAGCCCUCGAAGGGGGUGAUUAUAUCAGAAAUGUAUCGAAAUCCACCCCAAGAGGCACCACAACCACCAUCAAGACACCCAAAUCCCUCACAACAAGUCAAGAAGCAGAAGGCUCAUGGUCAGCUGUGGACAGGGUUGCGAGCAAAGGUCGUGGUUGGGGUAGCAUAGCCAAGCAACAGCAAUACCACUCAAGGGGGCAUCGCGCCAAGAAGCACAGACAUCAUCAUCAUCAUCGUGAUAACCGCGAUUUCGCGCGUAAUCGACUUUUGGCUAAGAAAUCCCGCUCAGAGGGGAAGUUGGACUACUUCGAGAGCAAUGGGAAUCAAUUUAGGGAUCCUUUCAAUCGCCACAACGACAAAUGGACAAACUUUGUGCGCCUCCAGAAUGAGCUGCAGCAGGAGCAGGAUCUACCGCCGUACAUGAAGAAAAUCAAUCGUCGCACAAAACAGCUUCGAUUCCUCAUGGAGGGUACAGUUCCACCGCGACGUGCUCGAAUCCCGCCCCAUCGUCACCUUGUGAAUGAUAAAUUCUUCAAGGAGAAUGUCUUUGAAGAUCAACGAUCGAAGAAGUUCCCAUCGCGGAAAGCUCCCGAGAUCACAAGAAAUUCCCUGGGAAAUUCUUUUCCUGGCGAGGAAUCCGACGAGGAUGUGGGGCAGGAGCCUUCAGCAGUGGUGAAAACAGCCACAAGAGCGGGUAAUUUUAUCUACCAUCGUAUCCCAUCUGCAAAACCCAGCUCAGGUCCAACAUUUGGGCGAGUAAUCCGGAAGCAGGGACUCCCCUUUGUUGCCAUUACAGAUAGGCGGGCAAAAGUUCACACAUAAAGUAUCAUCCCUCUCUAUAUAGCAGCAACACAGACUAUAUAUACAUAUAUAUUGCAUUAUAUAAAAAAAUCUAGUGUGUAGACUCCAAGGCCUUAUAUUUGAGACAGAAAAAAAAGAUGAUUGAGUAGGAAAAAAUGUAGAUCUAUCAUCCCAAUUGAGACGUAACAUAUCUCUCCCAUAAAUUUCUUCUGUAGAUAAUGUCACCAGGUAUAUUUACAAGUUAAGAUUCUAUAGCAGGGUGUGGGGCUAUUUGCGUCACUUUUUUUUUUCUUAAGUAGAUGGUUUUUAAAUAGAAAAUUUUCUGCCUUAAAACUUUCUCUCUCAAUAGAAUUUUCUCUCUCAACUGGAAAAGUGAGCUUUUCCUGAACUUUUCUUGAGCUCAAUUUCAAAUUGCAAAAAUAAGUGAUUUAAAUAGCCCCAUUUACCCAUAAAAAAUAUAUAUAAAAGGUUCUAAGGACACAUUAUCAGGGAUGUGCCGAUUUCUAGAGGUGCUACAUUAUAUAUUUCAAAAGCUGCUGCAGAAUUUUCUUUGAAAAACUAUAUAAAAAAUAUUUUAUGAUUUUAGAAAAAAAAAUAAUUUGCACACAAGACUGCGCAUAAUCACAAAAAUUAAACAGUUUAGAUUUAUUGAUUUUUAUUUUUACCUUUUUGCGUCCGCCAUAGACUUCAUUAGUGGAUGUCUUUAAUGAGAAAAUCAAUCCCAUUUAUGCGUAAACUUUCUAAAUUUACAAUUCACAAAGUUGAGAUGGCAAAAAUGUAGAAAAUUAUUGUUAAUAGAGAAAAUAAGAUAAAUUAAGUUAGUAAAAAUGAAAAUAGAGUAGCUUUUAGGCUUCCAUUGAGUAUAAGUUAAAUUCGUAAGAAAUGUUAUUUACUUGACAGAAUCAUUAUAAAUUAUGUUAUGUUAAAAGGAAAACUGUUUGACGAUGUUUGAAAUUAAUUCAGUGAGGAAUGAAAAAAAACUCUUUAUUUUUUUGCUUUGUUAAUUUACUAAAUUCUUUAAUAAAAAUUAUCUUAUAAGAAAAACUCUAAAAGCUCGUAGUAAACCUUUGUUUUGAAUUAAAACGUUAAUCAUUUAAUUGAGAAAAAGUUUAAAAAAUACAAAAAAUAAGAGUUUGUAAUUUUCUCAACAAGAUUGAAUACAACGCAUGUUAAUUUAUUAUAUUUCAACUGUAUAACCACACGUUAGCAAAUAAAAAGGAGAAAACAAA